AUGGGUGAUAUUGGACCUGCCGGAUCUCCAGGAUAUAAUGGUACCCAGGGCCUACCUGGACCUGGGGCCAGUUCCUGUGUUUACAAUAUUGCAUCCAGCCCUGGUAUGGUAACAGGUUCGCUCGCCAGACAAGAAGUGCAGGUGACGGAGGCAAACGUAAGUUACAGAUCAGCUCUAUAUUGGAUUCAGAAGAAGGAAUGAAUCAUUUCAUUGGCAUUUGUUCGAGACGUUCUCACUUAAGGGUUCUUCAGAUGCCCCCAAAUAAUAGAGGUUUGAUAUUUAAAGGAAAUUUUAGAUUUUUUUUAAUUAAAGGCAGUGCAAAAGAGCUUUUCUUCAGUUUCGACAACUUCAAAAAUAUGAUUUCGGUUUGUAAGAACUUGCAAAGAGGAUGUCCCAGAUUGUGGCAGUCGGCUUUUGUCACUGCAUUGAUAGUGUAAAAUGUGCACCUACCUAUUCAAAAAACAGGAGAGAAAUGUUUAAGUCUUCUGCACUUCGAACUCUUGACGUCAUUUAUCAUUAUCAUUAGUUUCAUCAUUCUUAUAUUACCAUUGAUGUUAUCUUUUUUUUUUCUGGCAGAAUACUACGUUUAUUGGUGUAAACUGUGAUACAAAUGACGCAAAAUUUGUUAAAUUAUCAAGCACCAUCUCAGGUGGCAAGAGAACCUACAAGUGCUUUUGCGAAGGUACCCUAUCUCUUGGAGUAAUAAGGCUGUAUUGCUACAUGCACUACUGGAAGUGUCAGUCCUAAAUAAGAAAACGUUAAGCCAUUCCUUUUAACAGGGCCCUUUUUAAAGACAAUAAUAGUUUUUAACCAGAAACGAGAUGAAGAGCAAUUUAGGCAGUUUAACAUGAGUGCUGCAGUAUUAACAACUGCCCUGACUAUAUCAUAUUUUUUGUCGUUAGUAGCUUACUUGUUUUCAAAUGUGUCCAGUAACAGAAAAAGGCAAAUAAUGAUUUCAUCAAAUCCUAUUGUUAUGGAUAUUAAUGGCUUAUUGUAGACUUAGCCUUUCGGCAUUAAGGAAGGUAACAGAGUUAGAAGUGCAGUCAUCUUCUUUUGUUCGUUUAACAUUUAUCCAUUAACUUUUCUUUAGCUUUAUCAGAAACCGACAUUUUAAGAGACGAGCCAAUGAAUUUUCCAAGAACAGUAAAAAUAAUUUAAUUUUGCCAGAAAUCUUUUUGCGACAUUAACCGCUUAGCAGCAAUUUUACAUACUUAACCCAGUACUCCCCUCUAAGGUUGAUUCCAAGGGAGUGUGUGUUCUUUUUAUAUGUUUAUCUGUAACUGAGAGAAAUAGAUUUUCUAUCGAAAUGAAGAAAUAGUAUUGUAAUCGUUACAUGACAGGGUCAAACCGGGAAGAAAUAGAUGAAGGUAAACAACGACUUUCUACCUCUAGAUUUGGCUUGUUGCGUUUGCCGCACAUAAAAAUCUCGCAACAUGCAUGAUACCUUUGCUUCACAGUUUCAUUAUGAGAAAAAGAAAAUCGUUCAAAAUUGGGCCCCAAUAAUCAUCUACCAAAGUGUGUUUUGAUGAAAACAAACAGACGGAUGCAUUCUUCACUGGAAAGCUGUCGGGGCCCAAUGAUUUACCAGAGAGUGUUUCGAAAUGGGUUUCCCAGUCUUCUGCCCGAUAUCGUAAGUAUCAAACGAAAACUAUAUUCCAGCAAAUGAUUAGUAUUUGUGAGACAAUACCUAAACGUUUGCUAGCCCAUCUCGUCUUCAUUCCGAACAAAUAUCUAAUUUUCAGGGGUGCGAUUCGAUUGACCAAGCCAUUCCAUUAUUUCUAAAGAAGUUGAUAAAAUGUUGGGCCAGAAGCGAGGCGAAGACAUUUUGGAGCAUUUUGCUGUAUUACAUGAGUAUUACCGAUUGUCUAUUUUAUCAAAUUUUAUGUUCUUGGUGCGUUGUUUUUUUCGAAUUUGCCCAGUGAUAGUGAGGGACAUAUUAUGCUUGUCGAAUUCAUGUAUGUUGCAAAUAUUGGUAAACGGACAAUUAAAGGUGUAUUGCUAAAUGUACUACUGGCCCUAAAAGUAAACGUAAACUAUUCGCUUAACAUGAUUCUUUGUAUCGAAGAUGAUGGGGAUGUUAAACCAGUGGCCACGGGAAAACAGAUUUAACUGACCUGUAUGUUACACUGCUUAACAAAUUGUCUGUAUUAUUAUAAACACUGAC